AUGAGUCUGCUUACUGCCAGUUUAAUACUAUUGUUAUCCUGGUGUUUAUUUGAGCAUUACGCCCACAGUGAAGUUCCUCCUGGAGUUUGCCAGCCUCUAAAAGUGCGCUUCUUUCACAUUGUGCUGCUGCUGCUCUUUGGAACGGAUUACAUCUUUUGGAAACUGGGUAUUACCAAAUGGCUUACCAUAGUGAACAGGGCAUUCGACGGAAUUCGUCCCAAAGAUGAUCCAUCCCUGUCAAUCAACGAUGAAUUCUUUGAUGGUGUAUUUGUGAGGAUUUACCAGCCCAAAGAACCAUCUGCUGUUCCACGGAGAGGAAUUAUGUUCUUCCAUGGAGGAAGUGGAAUCUUUGGGAGCGUUGAUGCCUACGAAAGACUGUGCCGUUACAUUGCCCGAGAAAGUGAUUCUGUUCUCUUUUCUGUAGGGUAUCGUCUUGCCCCCGAGAGCCCUUACCCGUCGCAGUUCUAUGAAUGUCACGACGCCACCGUUCACUUGAUGAGGAAUUCAGAGAACUAUGGAGUGGACCCUGCUCGUAUAAUACUUUGUGGGGACAGCUUGGGAGGCACAGUGGCCACUUAUCUCUGCCAGGAGCUGAAAAGCAGAACUGAUCUGCCCAAAGUCCGGGCUCAGGUGCUGAUCAAUCCUUUCCUCCAAGCGCUGGACUGCAGUUUACCUUCUUACCAGCAGAACCGCCUCUUCCCGCUGCCAACUCGGAAGGAUUGGUUGAGGUUUGCGGCGUACUAUAUUGGCCAAUCCUUAUCAGUGACGGAAAUGGCUAUUGCAGGAAACCUCAUCCCUGAAGACGUUCAAAUGAAAUACAAGAAGUGGGUCAGUUCAGAUAACGUCCCUCAGAAGUUUAGAAUUAGAAACCGCCAACCGGCCUUGCGCGCUGCUUCGAAAGAUAAUUUAUUCAACCUGAUAAACGAAGUGCUUGACAGAAGGCUUUCCCCACUCUUGGCCGAUGAUUCCUUUUUGAAAGAACUCCCAGAAGCGUUCAUCUUAACUUGUGAAUAUGAUUUGCUGAGGGAUGACGGCCUGCUGUAUAAGAAAAGACUCGAAGAGAAUGGAGUCCCGGUUUCCUGGCACCACCUUGAAGAUGGAUUCCACGCUGUCCUGCUCCUUUUGAAUCACUGGCUUCUGACGUUCCCCACUGCCAAAACCGGAACAGACAGUGUCGUUAAUUAUAUCAAAGGUCUGUAG